AUGCAAAAGUAUCCGAUGAAAGGAAAUAAUAAUAUCGAUCGGUUGAUAAAAGAUGUUGAUUUAGAAUUAAUCCCCACAAUAAUAGAAAAAGUUGUACUCAUUAAAAUUGAUCCAAUGGUUAUGAGUCAGUGGGAUUUAUUGUCAUCAAAACAAACCAAACAUAUCUUUAGUAUUGUUAAGCAUAUAUUGGACAUGUACCCAACUAUAAAUUGA